CCGAAACCUGGGACUGUUAAACAGGUUUAAACCUGCUCCUCUCUGGAUAUAAAUAAUAUUAGCACACGAAAGGAUUAAAAUGGGCUGCUUCACAUUCGUCAAAUUGAUGAUGGUCUUGUUCAACUUGCUUAUCUUUCUGGGUGGGCUGACCCUGCUGGCCAUGGGGAUCUGGGUGAGUGUAGAUGGGGGCUCCUUCCUCCGGCUGCUGGGGCCGUUCUCUGGUCAAGGCAUGCAGUUUGUCAACGUGGGAUUUUUCUGCAUUGCAAUCGGGGCCGUGCUGGUGCUGCUGGGGCUCCUGGGCUGCUGUGGAGCCCACAAGGAGAGCAAGUGUCUGCUGCUCACGUUCUUCUCCAUCAUCCUCAUCAUAUUCAUUGCUGAAGUGGCAGCUGGAGUCGUGGCUCUGGCCUACUCUUCAUUUGCUGAGGGGAUACUCAGAGCGUGGGCGACCCCUGCUUUACAGAAAGAUUACGGCAGUGAUCCUGUGGUCACUAAGAUCUGGAACACCACCAUGACAGAGCUGAAGUGCUGCGGUUUCACCAACUACACAGACUUUGUGGACUCUAAGUUUGUACAGGAGAACGGAGGCAGCCUGCCGCCCACCUGCUGCUGGACCUACAGUGCCCCCUGCAGCCCAGACGAGGCCGAACGCAGCACUGUGCCGGGCUGCUUCAAAAAUAUCCUGGAGACACUCAAAGAGCACGCCAACAUCGUGGGAGGCAUCGCAGCAGGAAUAGGAGUCUUAGAGAUUGCUGCCAUGAUAGUGUCCAUGUACUUGUACUGCCACCUGGACAACAGAAUCAGCUGAGACACCUUCAGGAGAAAAAAACGAUAGGAAUGAAACAGACAGAUCACAUAUGGGCUUGUUUUUUAAUCUGCAUUAUUUAACAAUCUGUCUCUUAGGAUAUUUCUUUUUCUUCUGGUUCCCUAUUUUUCAGAAAGAUGUCUAGCUUUACUAUUAAGUCAUGUUUAUGGUGAAAUGAAUCCAGCAAUUGUAUUUUAUAUAAAGAGAAAAGAUUUCUAA